UAAGGCACUGCGAACCGAGAUAUGCUUUUGACGAUGACGAUUGACGAUGUUAUGUGCAUCUGUCACAUAUGGUUGAAAUCAAUCAAAGAUGUAACUGAAUCCAUAGCUCAUUCGCUAGUAAUCCGUUAAAAAAAAGGUUGUUUGCCUUGCUUGAAAUGCUCAAUUUUCCCCUUCCCCCACCUCAUUGUAUAAUGAGCAUUACAACCUUUUUUUUUUAACUGAUUACUAGUGAAUGAGAUAUGAUGUCUCGAUCCGAUCUAAUAGUUGAUUUGGUCCGAUACGGUGCAAUAUAGAUCAAACCAUUUGCACCAUUUACUUUUAACCUUGUUGCCAGAUUAAGGAAUGAAAUUGUGAUUGAAUAAAUAAAGUAGCUUUAAAACCAUUUCGUCAUUUUCGUUCAUUGGUUGACUAGCAAAAGGACUACACUUUAAAUCCAAGGCUGGCUGGGAGAGGGACCCAAUCAAACCGAAAGUUAUUCACAAAGACUAGAAACGAUAAGCUGCAAAAAGUCUGGUCCAAUAUUCUCGUUUUCCCCUACCCACCAAAUAAAUUAUUUUUUAUUACACCAAAUAAAUUAUUAAAUUACUCCUAUUCUUAUAAAUUAUUAAAUUCCUCACAUACAAAAUUUCUUUUAAUUUUCUUCUCGAUUGUUCGAAUAACAAUAAAUCGUGAAAAUUAUAAAUCAAUCGCACUUAGGAAAAAAUAUGAAUAAAUAUACCAUAAUCGUGGUCAACAAAAUUAUCAUGGUCGAACAAUUGACACAUGAAAUACACACUUCAUAAGAGAAUACGACUUCAGGUUCAGACCCAAUAGUCUUAUUACUAAGUGUUGCAUCAAAUUAACAUAGAAAAACUAGGCUUAUGCACAUCUGAAAUGAUAAGAGUGUGACUUUGUAUUAAUUGGCGAGAAAUAUAAUGUGUACAGUCAUUAUUCAUAUGCUGAAAAAAAAAAGUUAAAAUGUAAUAAAACGAAGCGGUUAAUCGUUCUUUCAAAACCUAAGUUUAAUUAUGGACUUCCCGAUAAAUGUGGGAGAUAUGGACUUCCCGUUGACGAGUGAUCAACUCUCUUAAUCUAUGAAUAAUGAUUGCCUGGUGAUGAUCGGGCGCCUCCAAGUUAUGAAGUACUUGGACUGCGCAUAGAGAAUUAAGCUCCACUCGGGCACAUCUAAAUACCAUGCCAGCCAACUGUAAACCUCUUCUCUCAACUUUUUUUUUAUCGUUCACAGUUGACAAAUGAUCUAACAUCUCGAAGUGGUGUGAAAUUCACUUAAUCAUUAAAAAAAUGAUAACACUAAUUCACAUCGAAAAUAACAAAACAAAAUUGGUGAAAUUUACAAAAGUAGUGAUAUCAUUAUUUCGAAUUCCGUCAAGUUCAAACAUUUGGUUCCAUUAGCAACGCAUUAAUUGAUAAUCCCAAACCAUGAUGUACGGGGUGUCUCAAAUGAAUGAAGAUGUUUGGAUCUUCGUUACCUACCCAUGAGAAUGGACAAUAUUCGCUCAUAGACGGUUUAUUUCUACGAGAAGUCAGGGUACAAAUGAGACCAAUCACCAUUUUUCAUCUAAACUAUGUUGGUUGAUUGUGGUUAUUUUAUUAUUUAUCUGAAUAUGACUGUCUCUUAAAUACAUUUCGAAUUCAAUUAACAGGCAGUUUCAAAUUCGUUAGUACUAAUUCCAUAAGUCAUGAGUCAUUUUAUAUGAAAAUCAAAUUAAAUUUAUUGUUAAGAUAUAAUGUUUGAUGUAAGUAACUUUAGACGAAUUCAAUUUGCCAUUUGGCUCAUUAUUUUGUCACAUCAAUCUACUAAAUUUGAUUCUAUUACAAAACUCAGCCAUGGCCACAUUUAAAUGGAACUCGAUUUUUUUUUUUUUGCCAUUCAAAACCCCAGAAACGAGAAAUGAAAAAGAUACAUUAUCUGAAAAAGAUCCAAAAGAAUCCUUACAUACAUCGUAACCAAGAGACGAAGUCGAACCCCUCAAAUGGAACUCAAAUUCACAAAGAAAUUUACACAUACAUAAUGUACCCACCCCGGCCCAUAACUUUCCAUAUCCUUCGUGGGCUCCUCGUAUGCAAUUUCUUUCGCAUGAUUUUGCUUUCUUUCGUUUUCAGUUUUCCCUUCUUAAUCAUGAUCAUAUCUUUGUGGGGAUAAUCAAAUAUAUAUGUGCUAUAUGGACACAAGUUCUUAUUUGGCUGCCCAAUAGAAGACAGUUGGAAACUUGGAAUUCACAUUAAAUAAUUUGAGCAACCAAACAUUCAUGGUAUGUCUAUGACAACUUUGUCUUCACUUGUAAUAAAAUUUAUCAGAAGUUUGAGUCGAUAAUUUUUACCAAAUGAUUGAGAGAUAGUAUAGUUAUAGUAACAAUAUGUGAUAUACUUUGUGUGACUUAUAACGACCAAUUGGCCAAUUGUGUUAAUCCUCAAUCUGAUCGUUUUAAGGGAAGAUGUAUAUACCAUAAGGAACUCAUAGCACUGUAUUUCAUAGAGAAAAAGAAGAUUGAGCAUCAAACGAUCGAUCUUUUGGUUGUUCAGGUCGAUCGAGUUGGUACGCAUGUCGAUAUCUUCAACAUAGUUUCCUCCCUUUUUGUUAUUCAGCGAUAGAGAUCUACUCCGAAAACUCCAAAUAAGUUUUGCUUGGAGUUUAGACCAAGUUAGGAUAACAAAAUCUCCAUAUUCAGGCGGUACACAUUCACUACACCAUGCUCAUAACGUCACGAUCCAUCGUGUCGUACUUCGUUUUCAAUCAUCGCUAUUAAUGCUACAGGCCUGGAAGUCAAAUAAUGUGCUUCUUGGCACAAUGAUACCAAAAUAGUUUUUCCAAACUUGACGGCAAAAACAAAGUUAUAGCAUAGGAACACAUUCACUAUAACAUAAUUCAUCCUUUUCUUUGUGCAUCUCUAUUUUUUCUUCUCUAAUUCAAAAUCGAUAGCCUAGGAGCAUGUUGGUUACAUGAGCAUAUAGUAUAGGAGCAUAAUAUAACUUAAUAAGUGGGCAACCGGAAGAAUAUGAAAAUUCGAGGACUUGAUUAAUCUGAUUUAAAGUACAUGAACUUAAUCGACUAGGUGUGAAAUUCGAGGGACUUAAUGUGUGUUUUUCCAGGGUUCUCUCCGGUCCAAACUAAAACCCUAAACCCCAUUUUUUUUUGUCAAACGAAAAGGCAAAAUAGAAAAAAUUCGCAAUACACCGCUUCCAGACCGUAACUCAAAUUUUCGUCCUAACGCCGCCGGAAACCUUCCACUUAGGUUUUCUCCCGCUGCUCGCUGGUCUCUGGCUCGCCGUCUUCAGGUAAGUGGUGUCGCCUCUCUGGAACUAUGUACGUUCAGUUAAAUUCGUCGAUUCUUGCAUCGGUCUCGUGAAGAAUUAGUCGUUGUUAUAUGAUUUCUCCCCUUUUGCUGAACAGACAAUAUGCAGCACGAUGAGGUCAUAUGGCAAGUUAUCAGGCACAAUCACUGCAGUUUCAUGGCCAAGAUAACGGCAGGGAACUUCUGUAGGAACCCGUAUAAUGUCACGGGCAUUUGCAAUCGGAGUUCUUGUCCCCUCGCCAACAGUCGAUACGCCACUAUCCGUGACCAUGAUGGUGUCUUCUAUCUGUACAUGAAAACCAUAGAGAGAGCUCAUAAGCCGAACCAGUUGUGGGAACGAGUGAAGUUGCCGAGGAAUUACGAGAAGGCACUUGAAAUUAUUGACAAGCAUCUAAUGUACUGGCCAAAGUUACUUAUUCACAAAAUAAAGCAGCGGCUUACAAAAAUGACUCAGAUGCGUAUUCGUAUGCGGAAGCUUGCUCUGAAAACACGUGAGAAGGUAGUUACACUUCCUAGAAAAGAGAUCAAGAGAGAUGCAAGAAGGUUGGAGAAAGCUGAAAAGGCAGCUGUUUUGGACAAGAGUAUUGAGAAAGAGUUGGUGGAACGGCUCAACAAAAACGUUUACGGCGAUAUCCAUAACUAUCCUCUUAAGCAUUUCGAAAAUCUUCUUGACAUGGAAGAAUCCCAAAUUGAUGCCCCAGAAGAGGAAGAGGAGGAAUAUGAUGUAGAAUACCUUGAAGGUGAUUAUGAUGAACUAGAAGAGGAAGAUGACAUUGAAGAUUUUGGCAAAUUAGCUAUGGAGUUUCCAGAGGAUCAUGGUGAUGAACUGGACGAUGAAGAGAUGGAUGCAGUUGGCAAAAAUGAGAAGAAAAGGUCCGGUUCCGCUCAUGGGAAGCUGGGUAAGGAUGAAGCUAAGAAGAAGAAACCACGGGUGCUGGUGGAGGUUGAGGAUGAAGGUGCUUCCGGGAGACGAAAGGCAACCGUUUGAGAGAGAGAGAGAGACCAGUCCAUGGUUUAUUCACUUCCAGAGAUUGUAAGCUUAAAGCUCCUCAUUCAGAUGCUUACUACUAUUCUCCUGGCAAGGAAACUGUCACUGUAAGAGGACCCUCACAAACAGCGAGAAUGGAGUCGGUCUGGUCGUGUCAGCUGUAAAUCCUCUGGUCAUUUUCCUUCCCAUCAAUUUUGUUAACUUUAAGGUCUCAUACACCAGAAGUAAGAGCUGUAAUCUGGAUGCACUCACUUCUGCUUCUCUUCCCAUUUGAUCAAAGAAUGUUGUCUUUAUGCUUCUCUACGCUUGUCCAUUGUUGUACUCGCCCGAGAGAGAUUGCAGAGAUAAUGUAUCGCGGGGAACAAAAGUGGUCGUUCAGUCUGGUUUGAGAAAUAUUUUGGAAUCCAUAUCUCAUCAGGAUUUCGGAAACCUUGGGUUUUCAUGUUCUCCGCAUUUGUACGUGAGUUUUGGUGUGAACAUUUUCGCAUUUCGUUGAAUUACGGGAAACGUUCUUAAUUACCAAUAUCCAACACGAAGGCAAAUUAAACCAAUACAAACCUU